GCAUUAACGAAAAAAUUAAUCGAACGGUAACUUGGUCGAAAUUCUAAAAUCUGGAUUGCUACUACUAAUUUUUUGUAUUAUACAACUGUACAGACAAUAGCACGUAUACGUAUAUCGAUCUUGCGAGAGAUAAUAUGGAUAACAAAGCAUCAUCUUUUGGCAUGUCAUUUUAUGCAUUCGUGUAUCAGGAGACACGGUAGUGUCUGCGCUAAGAGCACGCGUAAUUAUUAAUUAACAUAAAGAAUUCAGGCUUGUUAUUUGAUUUACAAAAUUGCACAAAAAUGGGUACUUCGAGGCAGCAGGACAGAUCUCUUGGUAGUGGAAUUUCAUUGCCGCAAUGGAUGAAAGGAAAAAUGGAUAACAGAUUUGACUUUGACGAAGCCGCAUUCAGUCCACCAUCUUACGACGAUAGUUUCUUUUACAUAAGAUAUCCAAGAUCGCAAAAUACUCAACCACAACACGGAUUAAAGCACAUUGUAACUGAGGUUUUAAACGAAAAUAUCGCGAGCUCUACGAAUCAGAUAACAAAUGAAAAAUCCAUUCCUGAUUUGAAAGAAGUCAAACAGAUUGAUUUUAGCAAACAUCCGUUGCCAUGUCAACCGUUUAUACCGGUUGUAAAUAAUACAGCUGGUGAUAUUAGAGUACAUAAAGCUUCAGCGAGUGGAAAUAUAAAACCUAAAUCGCAGGGGACGGAUGACGGUUUUCAUGGUGAACCGGCUCUUUGUGGCAAAUCAAUUGUUCAUGUAGCUAGUCAAAUGAUGUCUGGUAAAUUUACCAAAGUAUUCACAUCGGAUUCGCGUUCUCAGCAGAUGGAGAAUUCUGUGAAAAGUGUCAGCAAAUCGUUACCAGCGACACCACUAACGUCACCAACAGGAUCUCCAGAUAGUUCGCCGAAAGCACGCAGAAAGAUGCAUAAUCGAUACUUCACUGGUGCAUUUGUACCAGAUAAAGAAAAAUAUCAGGGUAAUUGGAUCUUGGCAAGCAUAUUGGGCCAAUCCAGAGAAGUCAUUACAGCAAAGAUAGACGAGGAGGACGAGCUCUUUCCAGACAUGGAGCCACGCAAGCCACUUAAUCGCAAAAAAUCGAUAUCGUCUCAAAAUCUUACAUAUAUAGGGAAAGAAGAAAAAUCGACAGAUAAGUCAUCUGUUUACGUAAAUGUGCUCGAAGCUAAACCAUCUGAACUAAGAGAGAUGAAUUUUUGGUCUCCGACUUCCAUGUGAAGUUUUACAUUUUGUUUAAUUCUAGCUAUAUAUAGUUUUUAAUCGUGCUUCUACCAAAGCAUAUUUAGAUGAAUUUAGUUUAAUUCCAAAUUAUUAAUGCACAUAGCUGUAAAUUUAGCUUAUAAUACUAACUUGACAACAUUUCAUAUGAGAUUGAUAUAUUAUUAUAUAUUUUAAAUUGAUUUCUAUGAGUUUGUAAUCAUUCGAAAA